UCAAUUAUAAGAGUGCUCCCUCCCCUUCCCCCAUUCAUUCCCCUUCCUCUCUCAUUUGGGAAAAAUCUCAAUAGUUAGCCUCCAACAAAGCAAACACCCAUUCCCAUCUUCCAUUCCACACCUAAAAACUCCUUGCCUCUUAAUUGCAAUUUACUAAAAGUUGCUGGUGGUUCUUGUGUUGGUAAUUUCUACUGUCAGAUACAGAAUGGCCCAAGCAGAAUCGAAUCCUGGAAAUGUGUACACGCUGGAGUCUGUGAGGAAGGGUCUGGUUAGGCAAGAAGAUACCAUUGUUUAUGGCCUCAUUGAUAGAGCUAGGUUCCCUUUGAAUUCUCAUACCUAUGAGGAAAACUACUCUAAAAUCCCGGGUUUUUGUGGCUCGUUGGUCGAAUUUGUUGUUCAGAACACUGAGGCCGUUCAAGCUAAGGCUGGAAGGUACCAAAACCCUGAAGAAAAUGCCUUCUUCCCAGAACAUUUUCCAUUAUCAAUUGUGCCAUCGUACCCCUUCACACAGAUUUUGCAUCCUGGAGCCGCUUCGAUUAACAUAAACAAGUCCAUUUGGAAAAAGUACUUUGAUGAGUUGCUUCCAAUUUUGGUUGCUUCGGGUGAUGAUGGCAACUAUGCACAAACUGCAGCUAGCGAUCUUUCAUUAUUGCAGGCCAUCUCCAGAAGGAUUCAUUAUGGAAAGUUUGUAGCUGAGGUGAAAUUCAGGGAAUCUCCUCAAGAUUACGAGCCUUUAAUACGAGCUAAGGACAGAGAAGGGUUGAUGAAAUUAUUGACAUUUGAGAGUGUUGAAGAGAUGGUGAGAAAGAGAGUUGAAAAGAAGGCCAUGGUGUUCGGGCAGGACGUAGGCCUAAACGGUGAUGAUGAAAAGAAAGUAAAACGCAAGUUUGAUCCAUCAGUGGCUUCUCGCUCGUAUCAGAAGUGGAUAAUACCUCUCACCAAGGAGGUUCAGGUUGAGUACCUCUUGCGCCGUCUAGAUUGAGACCGUCUCAAUGCAAUUAGGAAGAAAAAAAGGAACAUGAUGUUCUGUUCAAAUGCAUAAGCUCUUAUGUGAUCCUAGAACACAGGAAUAUGAUAUCCUUGUUCAAAUGCAUAGGUUCUUAUUUAUUGCCAAUUCUUACAAGAAAGAAAUAUCAUGUCUUUGUUCAAAUGCAUAAGCUUUUAUGUGAUCCUUUUUUGCCAA